CCUGCGUAAUGCAUCCCGCAUCUUGUGCGUUUACACAGCCACUCGUUAUCGGUUUAUUUUUGGUAGCGCUAUUGUAAGAGAUAUGCUGGAAGAGGCUGGCAGUCAGGGAGGAGGGGCAGAGAGGCAGGCAGGCAUAGGCACGUGGUUCCCAUGAGCUGUAGGAUGAGCGUCAAGGACUCGCAUGGGCGCUGCCAUGUUGCGGCACCGGCCCGACACUAACAGAUGCACGUAUGUCGAUCGUCUCUGUUUGCUCACUUGUCUUUAAAACCGGACUUAUUAACUGGUGCGUUUGUUGUUGACCUGAUCGCGGGUGGCGUGCGUUUGACGUCGAGUUCGAGAGGUGUGCUCAUUCACGAUGUCUACUUAUUGAACGAACAAUUUCAAUGAGAUUUCAGUGUUGUGAUUAUGGGAAGCAAGUGCAUGGAAAAUUUUGUUGUGCAGGUCAAUUCACUCGGUGAAUAAAGACUCGGGUUUGUAUUACAACGAGAUUGGCUUCACCCCUCAAAAACCAACCCAACUGUAAAUGGCUGUAUAGUUAUGGUGAAAAAGGACGAAGCAUUUAUUACAUCCAUUCAUACGCUUGUGUGUGUGUUCUACUUCUAAGUGAUGAGCGCGUGACCAGUACGUACUAAAGGUCAGUGCAAAAUAGUAUGCGGAUCUAUACCUGAUCGUAGUGUCCAAGAAGUGUGAUACAGAGCAUAUAUAAUUCGUAAGGCUUGCAGACGGACCUGGUAGUACACCAACUAAAGAUGUACAUGGUGUACGUAGUCUAAUUUUAGAACAGCUGCAGCGUCUUAUCUCGCACUUCUGUACACGUUAAAACGCUCUCUGGAAUUUACUCAGCCUGUAUAAAAAGUGUCGAGCAUCUUUAGCAAAUUAGGAAUUGGAUAUUUACUUGUUGCACGUGUAGACCUCCACGUGCGCUUGACAUUGCGUGACCGUCAGUGAAGUGGAUUAGUUUCGUGUCACGGCAGAUUCAAGUGCUUUGUAAGCCUUUUAUGGUGACAAAUUCACCGACGUCGCGUGUUGGCGUGACUGCAACUGUCGAGCACUUCGCUCCGUCGCGUGACAAGCCAUCAGGAUGGGAAACACCGUGGUAGGAACGGUUCCUGUGUUCUGCAAGACGGUGUUCUGUACGCCAGUGUACCCCGUGCAUGGAUCGUUAGUACCGUACAGCUGCCGGGUCACCCCGAAGAGUGCAGGACUGAACCCAAAUGCCAAUGUCUUUCAUAGCACUAAGCAGACAGAAGGGAGCACGUGGGAGGAGCCGGAACUGCUUGCUUCUCCUAUAGUGACGCAGGAUGGCUUUCAGAUGAAUGGUGAUGCUGGGAAGUACCCAUGCACUGUGUUUCCACCAACGCCAGACUCCUCCCCGAUGCAGACGCUGUCACCGGUCGGCGACUUUGACGAGGCGAACGGGGCGACCAUCCAGGCAGCAGCCGAGCCAUGCUACGCUGCCAUAGCUGCUGAAGCCGGCGUCACCUUAGAUGAAAGUCAGACGCUGGACAAACAGAUUCCCCUUGACGAGUUGAAAAAGCUGCUCCAGCAACAGCUGGAGUUCUACUUCUCUAGGGAAAAUCUUGCCAGCGACACAUACCUCCUCAGUCAAAUGGACGACGAGCAGUUUGUGCCCAUCUGGACAAUCGCCAACUUCAACCAGGUGAAGAAGCUGACCACCGAUGUGCCGCUGAUUGUGGAGGUGUUGCGACAGUCUCCAUUUGUAAAAGUGGACGUGAAAGGCGAGAAGGUGAAACCCAACCACAAACGCUGCGUCGUCAUCUUGAGAGAAAUUCCAGAUGCCACUCCUAUAGAGGCAAUCAAGAAUCUAUUUAAUAGUGAGAAGUGCCCGAAAUUGGUCAACUGUGAAUUUGCGCACAACAACAGCUGGUACGUGACGUUUGACAGCGAUGAGGACGCGCAGAAAGCCUACAGAUACCUGCGGGAGGAGGUUGUCGUCUUUGCUGGCAAGCCGAUCAUGGCAAGGAUAAAGGCAAAGCUUGCACGGGCAGCCUACGUGCCUAAGAAAGGUUUCAAGAUGAUGAGUGCUACAGGUGGAGCUACAAGCAGUAUGUAUGAGGCAGUUACCACGGCAACCGCGACACAAGCAGGGGCCAACCAGGCACAUACGAAUGUCAGCUCGUCUGCGCAGAGUCCCGUGCAAGUUCCCCAAAGCCAGAGUCAGAUCUUUGCUCAGCAAGCUAAUGCUUACCCUGCUGCACCUCAUCAGGUCAAUAUGCCUUUCAACACACAGGCAUUUCCAUUUUAUCCUCCAAAUAUGUUAGCGACAACAUGGCACACCAAUCCACCCCUCUUUGAACCAGGAAUGGCAUUUGCAGCGAAUGGCUUUGCACCACAGGCAACAUUCAAGCCAGCACAGAGUCCUAAUCAAGGCUUCCAGAUGGGAAUGAAUAGGAACAGCAGGAACAAAUCCGGCCAUCGCUCGAUGAGCAGCAGCGACCACCGGGGCCUCGACCGCACGUACGACCGUGGCAGCUACGAGUCGCGGCCGCUCUACGACCGCUAUCCGUCGCUCGGCGGCGGCAGCGGCGGCGGCGGCGGCGGCGGCGGCGGCGGCGGCGGCGCCCAUGGCAGGAUCGGCGGUGGCGGCGGCGGCGGCCAGCGCUCGUACAGCGACUCGUCGUAUUCGUCGUACAGGGACAAGUCUGAACACAGUCAUUCCAGGUAUCGGCGGGAUGCUCACUCACCAAAUUACCCAGGACACAGCCAGCAGACGGGCAGCUCGCUGAUGAAGCAGGACAGUGAGGCACAGACGACGUCGUCCGCGUUCCGGCAGGCGCACAGUGAAGCCAAGGGAGACCUGUUGCCGCAGAGGACAAACAGGAGAAGAAAAAAGGAGCCCGUGGCAAGUGAAAAUGGUGCUAAUACAAACGGCAGCAACGGCUCUGCUCGCCCGCUCAGAAACGGAUCUUCGCAAACAACCAUCUCUACCAACACGACAGUGUUGACGGCCACUGCCAAGGACACCAAGCCGGAGUCACCUAGCUUUGAGCUAGAAUCAAGUUCUUUCCCGCCUCUUCCAGGGGUCACGGUCACGACUACAAAGACAGAGGAAAUCUUUGAGAGCCGGAUAGCAGAUGUUGUCAAGGGAACUGCCAAGCCGUUGACGCGUGACAGUAAGACACAGACGGUUCCGAUGUCUCCGACAAACAAGGGGGCAGCUACGUUAGCGAAUGGCGAAGCGCAGACUCACUCACCGCCUGCUUCGCCCGCCAUGUUAACCAAGGCCACCAACACCUCCACGAAAGCUGUCGACACUACAGAGAAGACUGUAAAGAGCCCAGAGGAGGAGGUGUGUGCUAAGGUAGCCAGCUCCACCCUGGUGAAGCCAGCUACUUCCCCGCCUCCUUCACGCAAACCGGCGACAGCAGCAGCUGCUGUUGCUGCAGGUAAACCUGCCAGCAGCAUCAAGAGCACCAGUACAGAUAAGCCAACAAGCAAAGGCAUCCAGUGUCAAGCCCCACAGCAACUGCAGCCACAGCCGACACCCGUCGCGAAUGGGCCUGUUGCUGUUACUGUUACUGGACAGGCCUCUGACGAUAAGUCUGCUCCCAAACUGAGUUAUGCUCAGAUAUUGGCACGUGCGAAGGAAAAGGAGAAGAUGGCACAAGAGCAGAAGAAGGAGGAAGAGAAGAAGGAAGCCCUGGCUGUUGCUAACAAGGAAAAGGAAAAGCCAAAAGAUAAAGAAUCAAUUUCUUCUUCUCGGCUCAUUCUUAAGGAGACGCCGCGCAGCAAUAGGGAGCGUGACUUCAGGAUGCGAGCCAGUCGCGGACAGAAGGAGAACUGUCGGGAUGAGCGGGAAACACGCGAGCGGCGCCGCGACUCGGCCGGCCUCCGAUCCCCCACCAAGUGAAAGCUGAAUUGUGAUUGGCCGAGCCGAGCAGGCGCACGUGUGCCGCCGUGCGACGGGAGGUAGGAGAGCGGCGGUGCCUACUUCGCGUGCUGGUCGUCUGGUCGUGAUGAGCUGUUGGCAGCGUGUGACUGCGUAACCACGGCGAUCGUACAAACGCCCUGCAUGAGAGUGCACCGCUUGGAGCCAAAAACUGGGAGUGGCGAAAACGAUGCUGGCGUGGCAGUGGUGUCUUCACUCCUUCGAUGUGCAAAAACUGCAGGUUCAAACCUUUAGCUUGUUUGUGAUACGUUCCGUAAUACUUGUUGUUGACCGUCAGGUUUAAGUUAUUUGCGUCGGUUUCUGUCCCGGUGUGAAGAAGCCGUGGCUUCUGCCCGUUAUCAGCCAGUGGCCACGCAUGUGAGUUGCGGAGCAAGUUUUAUCUUCCACUGUGGUGUCCAGGCAGUAGGCGGCCACUGUAGCGGUUACUUGUUUUAGUUUUCUUUUUUAGGUUCUAGAAUCGGAUUGAGAAAAACGAGGCGAGAUAGCGACUGGCCUACUGUGCCAAUGUCGACUAACGUGGGACGAUUGGUAUAGAGCAGGGAUGGUGAAUUUAUGUGCUGCUCAUCAGAGGUUGACGCGAAUGCUCGUUGGAAAUGCAUGCGUGAUUGUUGUUUUUGAAAAUGCCGUGGUUUCGACGGUUUUGUGGACGGCUGCAGAUCAGUUCACCCAGCGCAUCAGUGGGAAUGACUGCUGUCACCACCGUCUCUUCCCGUUGAAACUGGCUCCAUGGUUGGUGCGCACUCACACAACGUGCGUACGUCUACGCGCGAGUGAACGUAACGGACAUUUUCUUGUGGUAGAGGGCAUGCUAUUGGCUUGUGCUGCUUGCUAGCGGAGGAGCGUUACGUACAUAAGCGUGUCCAAACGCUUUCAUUCACGGAGUGACAAGUCGGUCAGGUUACGGGCAGAUUUACCUGUGUGUUUGUUUCACACGUCGUGCUCAGUCUUUUGUAUUAACUUGCUGCCAUAUAGCGUAACGUCUGUUUAAUCGAAUGCACCAUUAAUGUAGACGAGAGACCACUGGGCUCAUGCAACUAUACAUGAUAAGCAGGCAACAACUGCAUCGAACAGGUGAAUGCGCGUUCACAUGUCGGGUCUAUUUUGACACCAGAUGUUGGUUGUCUUGACACGUGAGAGUCGGAGAAAACCAAUGACGUUGGUUCGGAUCUCGAUGUAUGUGAUUUUUCCGCCAUUCGCUCCCGCGCCAGUGUGGUUGCGAAUCGGAUGAUUGUAGACAUAGAAGCCACCGCCGACCCAGAAUAUAAUGAUAGUGAUGGAUGUUGCCAUGUAUACUCAUUACGUGUGGACGUAACCCGUUUUAAUUUCUUAGGAGUGUUGGCACGUCGUUGUCCAUAAACGGCCCGGUACAGUGUCUCGCUCUCUCUUGUGUCGAUUAUCAUCAAAGAUUUCAGGUAUAUUUUAGUACAUAUUAAGCAACUGCUAGAUGUAAUUACUGUCUGAGAACACGGGGAGUUCUUAGUAGUUAUUGAAACAUAGCAGCUCUGCUAUUAGAUGAAGGUUACAUCCGUGUAUUGGAACUGCUGUAGCAGCUAGGUGCGCACAAUGGAUUAGUGCAAUGUAGCAGACCGAGUGCACAGCAUCAUAUGCAGCAUGGCUUACUAUAUCAUGACAAACGCGUUUUAUUUGUAUCGGGAACCUUAAUCUGGCAACAGACCUAUAGUAUACCUAUAUCUAUCACACUGCUAUCGUAUAUAGACUUUUAUGCACAUAAUACGUGUCGGGAGGCAGUGAAUGUGUAUGCGUGCGCGUGCGUGUGCGUGUGGGUGCAUCUUGUGUAUGUGCGUGUGUGCGUGCGUGCAUGCAUACGUGCAUGUGUGUGCAUUACAUAAAUGCACGUGCGAACGUAUGUUUUGUAAAGUCGGACAAAUGUUUAGCAAAGAGUUAUUGCAUAGUGAUUGGUAUCCCUGUCUAUACAGGGCGUUAGUGGGAAUCAGUGGUGAAGGGACGUGUUCAGGUUCGGAUAGAAUGGUUCAGGGAUAGUGGAGCGUGUCUGCUCAGUGGAGAGAGCCGAGCACAUAGGUUGAUUGAUAGUUACCCAACUGUGGCUAGUAUUAUUGAUUUCUGCAGAGCGGUACGCAUCAAAACUACAUGUUAGUCAGGGAUCGUUUUAAGCAACUAACACGCUUUAGUCAUAUAAAUACCAAGUGCUAUUUCGUUGUUAUGAAUAUUUACGAGCAGUCUCUGUGUGUAUUUCUACCUAUUUAUCAUUCAGCAUUUAAUAGCCAGUAGUCAGUUCAUAGUAGUCGGUAUCAUAUUUAAGAAGCACUAGCGAGUGGUCUCCAUUUGGGAAAGCAAUUUUGCAGAGCAUGACUGCAGCUGGUGAACGUGGCUAAUAUGAGAACAUCGUGCAAACAGAAAGGGAAAUGCAUAUUGUGAUACCCAUAUUACCGUGUUAUACCAUCGUAGCUGUAACCAUUUGUAACUGUUUACAUGUACAUGCUCUGCCAUCGCCUGUCGGGCGUCUGUGUCUCCGCGAAGGCAAACAGCAAGUGGUUAGGCGUGUAUAGGAGCCUGCACCGGGGUGGGAUGGGAGUGAUGCGAUCCGACGCAUGCGUGGCAGCACUGUGGACAAGUGCAAUGAAGAUGUUAGGUUCGCACGAGUAGUACGUACGUACCUGGUGUCACCCCUCAACGUCGUGCAAGGUCGUCUGACGGAGCGAGGCGAGCAAAGUUGGCUUAGUAAGCAUUGAGAUGAGAGCGUGUGCUGGAUGGAUUGGUUGGCGAUGCUGCAAGCGAUCGUACGCUGACAGCUAGUGGUGUUGCUAGGCGAACAGGCGACGAUAAGUCUAGCACCUCGACGAGACGCGGCUAGGAUGCAUGGUGCCGCGUGCAUCUCACAUGAUGACAGAUUGCGCGCGUCCGUCGCCGUCCUCCGACGUGCAAACGCACGUGUAGCGAGGACACGCGUAGACGGGGAGGGUGUUGUAGGUGCAUGUAUCUUUCUAUGCUUGCAAAGUGUUUAGUUCAUAUGUGCUAAAACCUCCGCACUGCAAGCUCCAGUGCCAGUAUUGUGUGCGUAGAACGUUCGUUGUAACAAGUAUCUGACUGUGGAACUGUCAUCAACCCUCUUGCACCACAUAUUACAUGUGUAAAAAAUAGAAAAAAUUUAUUUUUUGAAAGAAAAGAAGCUAUUAUUGUAAAAAAAAAAACUAAGUGUGUGUGUGUGCGUGUGUGCCUGUGCGUGAGCUAUGGCUAGGGUGUAGACUAUAUAUAUGGUUAUCAGUAGGCUUCAUAGUCGCAGCAGUGAUGACAAUAAAUGACAUUUAUGCAACCUGUGUAGCUUAUGCGGUUUGUGUUUUGAAGUUACGUAGUGUUUGUAUGUAAUAAGAAACGGUUACUGCAUGACCACGCCCCUGGAGCCUUCAAUGUCUGUACAUCUGUACACCUGGUUCACGCAUUCUGGUUUUUGGUACACAGUCGAACGCGUGACUGCGUUGUUGGUGCUUAUGCAAUUGGCAUUGUAAAUUUAAAAUAAAGUAUUUGGAACGUUGCCUAAUCCGUGCAAAGCUUGAUGUUGCCCGAUUUCAAUAUAACCACUGCAUUUACAGGGUUAUUCACGCAGUCUAGCUUCCAUAAAAUCGCCUGAUUCCAUUAACAUAAUUACAGAGAAUGAGCAGCAUCGGGGUAUGGUAAUGUAACAAAAAUCAUAUCUGUUUGUUGUUUGUUUAUUAAAAGUUGGUAUAUUAUAAUAUAGUAUGUUUAUCUUCACAUUAGCAUUCUGACUGGUGUCUGUAACAUCCAUGGAUUUAUAACGUAUUCAAUUCAUAGUCGUGAUUUUCACUGUUGUUUGCAUCAUGGUCAAAGAUGCUCUUGUGUUUAUGGUUUCCGUGUUGAUUGUUUGCGGUCACGUGAUAGCUUCGGUGAAUCUAUUUUAGCUGUGAAGUUUUAGUGUUAAACGUUGGCCAGCACAGGUAAUGGUGCAGUGACACUGUGCAGAUGAUGAACGGCUAGAUCUGGGGUCCUGUUUGCAGGUUUGUGCUGGUCUGGUCUAGGGUGGUGUAUCUAGUUCAAGUUCGACAAACACAAGAGCAUUCUUGCCCAUUGCUGCCAUUGUGCUCACGUGUGAUAUUAGACUGUCGUAAAUAUCAAUGGCGUGCCGAAGCUACUGGCAAACAUAAAGUCCGAGACUGUCGCAUUCCUACUUGGAAAUCAUGUCCUCUGCUCUAGCAUUUUUAUGCUUUGAAUAUUCGAUUCUUCUUGUCUUGCUCCCUAUUUGCGGAAUGCACCAAAAUUACUCUCCAUUGGUUUUUGCGCCAGUCUGUAUAAAUAUAAUUUUUAUUCGUGCAUAUAUUAAAGCAUAGUCGAGGAAGCAGAGUUAAUUAACACUUACUUCUCCCUGCAAGCUAGCAAAUCUGUGCAACCGGGUUGUUUGUGGGAGGAUUGUGGUGUCUGUAUGGUUGGCAUGUCAAAACUUUGGUCUGGUUUGCCCGUCUUACACAGAGAUUUAUUGUGAACGCACAAUGAUAUUCACGUGUAUUUUCUUGCGGAAUUUAAUAAAUGAACGGCAUUUUUGUUGCAAGUUCCUCAGUCUGAUAGUCAACUGGAAAAUGAGUUUUUAUAUUGCGAUAAGCUUACACUACAGCUACCCACAUAGGAAUAUGUCUGUUAUAAUUUCAUGAAAGGAGCAGUGUAUGUUGUAAAUGUAGACGCAAAUCGAGAAAGUCGUGUGCGCGUUUGACGGUGGUUCGGUUGCUAGCAGGAAGAAGUAGUUGUGAACGUUUUAGUUAAAUACAGUCAUAUAAAUAUGAAAGGUUUAGUUUUACAUUUUGAAAGGUUGUUAUAGGGGAAUGGUACUGUAUUAUAAUACUGCCUUGUUAUUUUCUUGAAUAUCUUAUAAUUAAACUAAGGAUGCUACAGCCUUGUGUGGUGAUGUCCCUUAAUUGAAACAAGUAUGUACCAAUUAAUUGCGUAAUUAGUUCUCCGUGAUUGGAAGUCAUCCAAUGUAACUCUACUGCAGUGUUAUCAAUCAUAACUCGUAGAUGAGUAAUGCAGCUAAUAACGACAGGCCGACGACAAGGACUGGGCCAGAAUGUAGAAGAUGGAAAUGCGUAUGUCAUGUACUGCGGUUGUGGCAAGAGUUCUUCUAUCAGUGUCAAGCCAAUGACUGUGUAUAGAGUAGACGAGGGGCAUGUAUGCGUAGCAAACGGUGGCCCAGGCCGUUACCAUGCGGCAGUUGUUUGCAGGGACCGAGUAACUAUGACUAAGAGUUACUUUCGUGAAUAAAUUUAGUUUGCCGUUGAAACGUCUAUCGCUCGGCAAUUUUGGAUGCCGAGUAAUGUCGUGAUAGAUUGAAAUUUUGGCGACACUGCACACCAUCAGUCGGUCAAUCUGCGUAAGAAUUAGGUCGGCAGAACUGGCGACAGUUUUACAGAUACUGUAUUACGGUGAAACAGGAUUAGUGUUUCACUCGACGGCGACGUCGUCAUCUUGUCUCUGCUAGUUUCUUUCUGGGAAAAAGUCGUUAGACAAUCACCACCUAGUAUAGAACGUUUGAAGGAAUAUGCUUGGAUUUUUGUGCUGUUACCCAGUCUUGUCGGCACUUUGUGUAGAGGAAAAUACUGCAUUUUUGGUCCCGUGUAGGGUGCUUUAAUAAUGUAUAGUAUUUACCCCCUAUAUACGCAACUGUACAAUGCUGCCCUGUAUGUGGGUAGGGUUCGUGCUAUCAACAUUUGCCCACUUGUUGUCCAUGCAUUGAAUGCAUCAAACAUAAAAAUUUGUGUGAAAAUUGA